GCACUGAUCACAUUACAGUUUUUUUAUCAAGCUUUUAUUUUAUUUCACAUGCACAAGCUUUCAAGAUGUAGUCGCUUGUCUGUUUUCACUCUGAGUCACUACAUGGGGGUGAGAAGACAAAGGUGUUGGAGAUUGAAACAAACUAAAGGUCCCUGGGCCUACUCCCCCCUCUCCAAGACCACCGAGCAACAACAUGUUGAGUCCUAUUUCUGUCAAAGUGAAUAUUCUUUCUCUUUUAGUUCUAUUUAUGCUCUAUUUAUCUACUUCUGUGGGAAAUAUCUGCCGCUAUAGUUGAUGGACACUCUACUUUGUUUACCAGCUACUUACUAAUAAUUGUUAGUAGUAGUUGUAAUGAAUUAUUACAGUUAUUUUGUAAAUGCAUAUUAUAGCCACUUUGUAUUAGCAGGCUUACCGUGAAAGUGAACUCAAUGACUUUUUUUUUUAAUUGACAUAUUCUUAAUUUGAAUUGUUUGUCAACUUUUUAGUAGUAGAUAUGAAGAAAAGCAUCUGCAGUAAGUGUCAAUUCUUUCUUUGCAAUUAUUUUUCUGCAUUGAAAAACCCAUUAAGACUCUGAAUUGAAACCGAGUGUGGGCUUGCAUUGGAGAUGUAUGUUUCUUAUUUCUUGGGUUGAUAUCAAACAACAAUCUUUGUCUUCCGCCCGCAUACAGUCAAAACCACCGGAGGAAGGUGCGUAGUUCAGAGCUUGCAGAGCAGUGGGGUUAUUUAAUUUGCACAAGGUUGUGCACUGGCAGCGCACGAUGAAAGAUUGAACCCCUCGUUGGGUUUUCAAAGACACAGAAUUUACAGCACAGAGCCUUUAAAGACCCCGGAGACACGAAUGAAAUACUGCCGAGCUGGCACUUUAUCAACCAGAAUGAAGACCAUUUCUGUCUUCUGCUAUCUUCUCUAUGCUGCUGGGAUAGAGGGUGCAAGCAUCGAAGUGGAGGCUUUCGAAGGGGAAGAUGUCUCGUUCCGGUGUUCACACAAGUAUGCAAGUACGAACCACAAAUACCUCUGCAAGGAUCAGUGUGCAGACGGAGGAGAUAAACUGGUUACUGUGCAAGCCGGUGGACGAGCGGCGUCAGGGAGGAUUACUCUGGUGGACUCGGGGGACGGCGGCUUCACGGUGACCUUCAGUCACCUCCAGCUGUCGGACAUGGGCCAAUACUGGUGCGCGGUGGAGCGAUUGGGUUUUAAUACGUUCACUGAAGUGCAGGUGACUGUAAAGGUAGCGCAACUAACUACUCUGAAGGAAGGUAUGUGGUUCAUCUAAUCUCUGCUACUUUGAAUACGACGGAUCUUUACACUGACUGCUUUUUUUUCCCCCACAACAUGUAUCUGAACGCCUAUUGCCCUACAAAACUUUUCAACUUUUUACUUUUGCAAAAAACCUUUGGUAAAAGAAAAGAUAUCCAGAGCUUAACCUCCCAUGGAAAGUUCAGUCCCUUUGCCACAGUAACCUCGAGCAGUAAGAGUCAGUGUAGUUCAUUGGUCAGAGCAUACGUUUAGGUUUACAUUUCAUAUAUUUUCACACGGAUGUAUGAGCACUUCUGUUUAAGUAAAUGCUCUAAAUGCUUCUUCCACGACUACUCCCAUUAAGCUGUUGCAGGAGAUGUUACGGAAGGCACACCUGAUUUUUCUGCGACGUGGACAAAUCCCGAGGGGUUCCUCUCAACAGAAUUCACACCUGAAACGGACACACAUCGGCCUGCGAACCUUUCCACAGGUCUCGUGUUAUACGCCACAGUCGGGACCGUUGCCCUGCUCACUCUUUUGAUGCUGGCCAUAACCGUCAGGAAAUGCAGAAUCAAAUUAAAACCUCAACCAAAGGUUUGCUCAAACAGCCCUGUGAGUGCAGAAGAAGGAGAGGUAUGAUUCUCCUCACAACACAGCAACUGUCUCGGUUGUCUCGAUUGUCUCGUUUGUCUCCGUUGGAUCAAGUGAAACUGACCUGGUUUCAAAAGGUCGAUGCACAAAGAGGGUUUUCCCAAAAGGGCAUCGGUUCAUCUCUCCCUUUGAGAUGCUGUAAAACCUGAAACUAAUUGGUUGAGUCAUUUGUAAUUGCAAUUACAGAAUAAAUAUGCUGAUUUGCUGAGAGUAACAUAACAAUGUUAAAUACAAUCUCUGUUAAAUACGACACCCUGGUGAGCUUUAAAAGUACGGUCGCAGGAUAUUGUAACUUCUUUAUAUUUAAGUAUCAUAUUUAAACAUUUUGAACUAAUGUGGUAUUUAUGUGUUGCUGAGUACAUUCAGCUCUCAGGUAAACCUAAAAUCAGACACAGUGAAAUUAGGAACAUACUUGAACUAAUAACGUCUGACGUUUCUUUUCCUGUUGCCACUUUGUGCAGGAUGACUGUGAGUACGAUGACAUUGGGGAGGACGUGCAGUCAAUGAAAACUACACCAGGGCUUUUCUCUUAUUCUCCCGCAAAUGUCCACGACCAACAUGACGUCAUUUCGAGCAUCUAUAUCCAACCUUUGCCACACAUAUCUGCAAGAACGCGCAAAGAAAAUGGGAAACACGAAAAUAAACCCACAACAACAAAAAAAGGAACAAGCAAACCUACAGUGCGCAGUAGAAGCAAUGCAGCCGCCUGUCACUGCGGACCUUGCAGUGAGUCCACAGAGGGGAACCCAAAAUCCCUUUGGUUUGGUCUGGAUGUGUUGGACACACUGGGAGUAUGAUGGGUGGGAUUUCUAUGUUAUGCUGCGGGUUGCAUUUAGAGUCAUCAUUGCCAACAGAGAGACUCCAACUGUGAAACAAAAAACAAAGGAAUAUGUUUUUCCAGAUUUAUUAAUAAAAAGAAGAUAACAUUAAUAAAGACUGUGUUUUUCAAUGACGUUAUUUCACCAGCAGUGUGCCUGCAGCCAGCGCAGUGACAUUUUCCUUUCUGUUUACAUUUUUUGCAAAAACCAAAACUUUUUUUUUCGUAAAGUGAGACCUCAACGACGAGGAUACAGACAACCAUUUAAACCAGUAAAUCUCCACCGCAACAAUUAGUCGAGCUAUGAGGUGACUCACGUGUGACUGUGAGUGUGAAGUUAUUACGAAGGAUACUAGUGUGUGUGUUUGUGAUCCCCUGUAUUACGGACGUGUUAGUGGUAAGUGAGGGAGGGUGAGUAUGGGGAGCUCUGAGGUUUCUGAAGUGUAAAGAUGUGCCUGCACCUUAAAAUAAACACGAAUGCUUCUAUGUGCGCGUUAGAGCUUCUAAACCUACAAUGACUGUGUGUCCUGAAUAUACACACCAAAGUUGAACCUACACAUCACUGUUCACGUUAAUUCAUGUGUGUUCACAUUGAGCAACAUCAUUAAGGCGUACUGCAUGAAUAAUGUAACAAAAGACAGACUUGCUUCUUGAAUUUUCAGCCGACUGAACAUUAGGCAAUAAGUAGGACAUUUGUUGAUUGGUACAUAUUGUUCCACAUCGGCCUCGUAUUUAUCUUUCAUGUUUAAUUUUGCAAACGUUGCGAUUUGUUCUGAGUUUUGUGCCUUGUUGUUACACACGUAUUGCAGCCUGUUGUUACUGUUACAAAAAAAUCAAUGUUAUUGCUAAUAAAACAUGUCAGCAUAUAGAUGACGGCGAAUAUUAACAGGUGGCACUUUUAAUAAAGCCUACUUUAUGAAUAGUGAAAAUGCUCCAUUACGUCUCCAACUGUCUGCAUGGGGAGCUUUCGGUAGCGAGGGAACAGUUGUGUUAUUAAAGAGAACUGAAACAGCUUCCUGCGGCCGCUAGAAAUAAAUCUCAUGAGCAGUGACAGUAAUUGGCAACAGUAAAGUUAUGGGCCGGAAAACCAAAAGCAUCAGCUAAGUCGCUCCAUUGUCUGGUGAUAAAUCUGUGGGUCCAUAACUUUGAAUGAAGUUAUUAUUCAAUCCCUUAAUUAAUGGCUACAUAUUUAUUGGCGCAGAUUCAUUUUUCAGAUUCAAUCAUUCAUUUCUGGACCUUUGAUGCAGUAAAAACAACAUCCGGGUGAGCAAACUGAGACACAACUAUUGGACUGGUGUUGCACCUCAUCGCCCCACUUAAAGGGGGGGCUGCAGUACCACAAGGCCACACACAAGUGAUGUUUGUGAUGAAUCGAGAGUAUCACAGAUGUGUAUGUGAUCGCCCUGGAGGAUGCAGUGAAUUCAACCUGAGUUUCUUAAUAAAUAAAAAAAAAAGUGCUCUCUGGAUUGUGCACUUAACAAAUUAGUUUUUGGAUGCACUUAAAGGAAACUUUUAAAGCUGAGCCGCCCUGAUUUCACUUUCAUGGGUUGUUGGCUAUGAGUGGAUUGUUCAGGAAAGAGGAAGGUGUUUAACCACAUGGACAUAAAAGCUCCAGAUUAAUCGCACGGACGCAGUCUUUUGGUCCAGGUUGCUGUCUCAUUGUGCCGCUGAGGAGGGAUCUGCGUGUCGUAAACUGAGGGGGAACCUGGAGUGAUGGGAGCAACCUGGAAGUCAUGGAGAACCACUUCAACAGUCAUCAUUGCUCUACUGCAAAUCCAAGCGCCGAUCAGCGUCAAUACCACGGCUGUUUCCGGUGUGGAAGGCAUGAAAUUUGAGUUCAAAUGCAAAUAUGUAGACGGCCAGCAGAAAAAUCCAAAGUUUUUCUGCCGUGACGACAACGGUGACAAAAUGUCCUUCACCUCCCUGAUACGGACGCAAAAACACGACCAGUGGGAGAAAUCCGGACGCUUCUCUCUGUACGACAACACCAGCGGAGCCUUCUUCGUUGUCAGGGUGGACGCCCUGACCUCAGAGGACAGCGGGACAUACCGGUGUGGCGUGGACGUUAGCUUGCGCCCUGAUCACGUCACUUUCAUACACCUGAAUGUUUCCAGAGGUACAACGAACCUUCCAGACAAUCUGACAAACCACUCUACCAAAUCAUCCGUCUUUCCGGCGACAGUGAACAAGUUCCACGCGUCGCUGCUGGUGACUGCAGCCACGUGUGUGGCGGCCCUGCUGUUCAUAUGUCUGUUCACCUUUUGUCUUCUGCUGGCUGUUAGACUCCGGAGACCUGCUCCCCAACCCAACAGAGAGGCAUCAUCCGACUAUGAGACAAUGAUGCCCGGAGUGACAACUGAGCCUGAGCUGAGCUGCAGCUCUUCGGUUCCGGACUGCGAUGAUCUUUUGGUUUUACCAGCAGCAGCACCACCACCACCACCACCCGACUGCUGCUCCCACUUCACAUCGAAGCACCGGGAGUCCACUGAGUCCCUCGGCCUGGGGGACUACGUCGGGCCAAAGCCCAUCGACCCGUACCAACAUCUGGAUCUCAGCGAGCUAGAGGAGCACGUCUAUCACAGCCUUAAUGGACCUCUGGGAGUCAACAAGCACAUCAAUUGUUGCUAAAGUUGAAGGAUAAUUCCACGUUGACGACAGCUGACAGAAAGUCAGAAAGACCAAUAUCAACACAAUGUUAUUAAUCUCAAUGUUGUUUUCUUGUUGCUUUGUUCCCUUAUCUUGGUGAGACAUGCGUUAAUUAUUACUGAUAAGAAUGACGACCAAAACGGCAACAUCAAGGUUGCAAUAAACCAAAAUGAUCUUUCCCUCUGAGUUAAACGGAAGUUAAGCAAUCAUAAGUUAGAGAUAAAGAAUCUUUGGUAAUUCAAGUAAACAUGGUGUUCAUUUUUACUGUGUAGCUACUUGAGCAUAAUUAUCAUCUCUAACUCUCAAGAGUUGAAAAAAAUCCACAAAGAAAAAGAUUCUGGAAGCUUCGGGUUUUGUCUCUCGCUUUGCUUUCUUAAAUAUUUAAACAAAAUAAACCGUGUGGUAAUGUCA